UGUCCUGCCUGGCCACUGGAGCAGACAGGUAGCGCGGAGGCCCCGCCCACCGGCGGGUUUCAGUCAGACUUGUUUUCUCUUUCUAAUGACCAGCUGUCAAAACCCUGUCGCGUCUGUCUGAAUAACUCCACUUGCGUUUGGAACGAAGCACCCGAGCCUCGUCACCGACCUCCGCAGCUGAAGCCAUGCCGGGGCGCUCAUCUCAGGAGUGGGUCCGUCUGUCGCUGCGGACCCCGGGCAUCCUGAUCUUCGGGAUGGUCCUGGCUCCCUGCGGCUGGAUCCUGGACCUGACCGCCACAGUGGCCCCGAACUGGAGAACCCUCAGCAACCUCGCCAACUCUCCCCCCAGCCAGUACCUGGAGCAGGGCGUCUGGGACAUCUGCCUCGCCGACACGACCACCACGUCGCCAACCUGCGGCCAGACCAACAACACGUACCUUUCCAACACCUACGUCAAAGUGGGCCAAGGCUGUUCGGUGGCCUCGCUCAUCCUCACCAUCGUCGGGCUGAUAGUGGCGGUCCCGGGCGUGCGCUGCUGGAGAGACCGGCCCAACUGGGUCGUGGCCGGUUUGGGCGGAAUCUUGAUCUUCUGCUCGGGCGUCCUGAUGAUCGCGGCCGUCGGCGUCUACACCUUCUGGCUGAUCGAUAGGCGUGCGGACAAUCCGAGCGGAACUCUGGCCGCUGGCUACAGCAUCUACCUGGGUUUCAUCGGCGGGAUUCUGGAAGUGCUGGGCGGCUUCGUCAUGGCCAUCGGGAUUUGCCGGUGCUGCGGGGGGAAGAACCGCGGGGAGAAGCGCGUGGAGGAGGUGCGCGCGCAGUUCAACCAGCCGAGGCCGCAGCCCAAGCCCCAGUACGCGCCGAGGUCGACCCGGCCGGCGAGCAGCAUCAGCAGCAGCGUCCCGUACAGCAGAGACGAGCUGGACGACGACGUGUCCUUCCCACGGGCCAAGAGCCCCGCCGCGCGCUCAGCGAACACGCCCCGCGGCGCCAGACCCUACGACGCCGACCUAUGAUCACCGCGGGCCCCACAUCUGGACACGGAGACACGAUGGGUGAAGAAAUCACGAAGAAGCAAAACGUGUAAGCCGCCACAGUAAAUGAUGGGCAUUAGCCUGUUUUUUCUUAUUCCGGAGUUUUGUGGUAAUAUCAUAAGCUUUGAAGUCACCACACACUCACUGUGCUGACUGAGGAAUGAUUCUGAGGACGAGGACUGGGCCAGAGAUCAAUACCCUAAAACCAACUGUUUUAAAUGCCUUUGUUACAGUGUUACGUCAGUAGAAUAGCGAUACAAGGCAUGUGUGUGUGAAAGAUUGUGUAUAUUGUAUAAAGGUGUGAAUGGCUGCAGAAGAUUCUGCUUGAUCGAUUCAUUAAUGUUAUUGUCAUAUUGCACCCGUGCCUGAAGCUGUGCAGUUAUAACAGUAGACGAGAACAUUACAAUGUGAAGGAAUGGAGGGCGGUGACGAUAAAGGACUGCUACAGAUUUAACUAUACGCUACUGGAGGAGUGAACGCCGCUGCUCAUUAAAGGGCUGGGGAAGAAAAUGAUAAUUUAAUCUCGGUUGUGUUACUUUCUACUGUUGCAAAGGUGAGACUUUGCAUAUUUAUAUAUACACAUGAAAGUUUCCCUUCUGUUCUUAAUUAAAAGAUGCUUCAUUCUUAUGCACUUUACAACCCUGUUUGGCUGUAGGUGAUUAAUAUUGGCCUUGUUGCUUUGUUUAUUAAAUGCUCGCUGUGUUUCCUAA